CAGUGGCAGCUGGUGAACACAAGCCCUUCUGAAAGAGUACAGCUCAGUUAUCUUCACAACAAGCAGCAACUGAAGCUAACUGGGAGAGACUAGGUAGGGCGAUGCAGUCAGCGUUUGUCCAGUUUGAGAGGCUGUUGGGGGAGCGAGUGUAACAGAACAUGUCCGCAAGGCUCGCUGCUCCCGAGCAGCACCAGAGAAUAUUAUCACCAUCUCCUGUUUAUUUUGCAGGCACAAGGUGUCAUAUUAACAAUCAGGGCUCAAACAGCCGUCACGUGAAUUUUCGUUUCAGAAAGGUUCCUUCCCAGGAUGUGAGAGUUGCUGGCUAGCCUGCCAUUAAUUGCCUGUCCCUAAUUACCCUGGAGUAGGUGGUGGGGAAAACUCCGCGGUCCCUAUGCUCUGGGUUGACCCACACGGCUGUUAAGGAGAGAAACCCAGGAUUUUGACCCAGUGACCCCGAAGGAACGGUGAUAUAGUGCCAAGCCAGGACGGCUAUUUCCAGAUGUACAGGCGAGUGUUCCUGAGGCCAGGCACGAGGAUCUGUGCAGCAGCUGGUGACAUUGGCGUCUGUCAGAGGGACAGCCACAGAACCAUGGGUAUCUCGGAGUGAGCUCAGGGAUCCAGGAGCAAGGGACGGAGUUGAAUGAGAUCCUGCCAGGGACUGGACUGUGGAACGCCACGACAUGCAGUCAUACCGGGAGCAGAGCAGUUACCACGGAAACCAGAGGCUCCUUCACCAAGAGGCUCAGGAGUCUCCCCGACUGGACAGCUACAGCCAGCACCACCAGGGCCCCCUCUUCAGCGGCUACACCAGCCGGCCAGGCGGCGAGGGCUGUGACCAGCAGCUGUACCCGAGCUUCCGCAGGGAGCCCACCGAUUACUACUACCCCAGGGCCAAGGACCUAACCGGGCCGCAGGCCCAGCGGAGGCUCCCCGGGCCUUUGCAGAGCGGGUAUGGGGCACAGCAGGCCGGAGGCUACUCCGUGCAGUACCUGAGCGAGGGUCAGUGGAGGGCACCUCACUCCGCCACCAUGUCAGGCUACGGCCAGUUUGACCAGGAGGCCUACGCUGGUCAGUUUUCACCCGGCAGUGUGCAGCAGCAGCAGCAGCAGCUACGACACCAGGCCUUCCAAACUCCCCUUGGCUCCCAGACGGUGGCCCAGCCUUCUCCCUCCCCCGCCCACCACCCCCAGCAUUCCCACCAGCCCAGCCCGGCCCUGUUGGCCAAGUAUCAGCAACGGGUGGCUCAGUAUAACCCCCAGCAGUUCCAGACUGCUGUGUCGUCAUCCUCCUCCUCCUCCUCCUCUUCCUCUUCCUCUUACCUGUCACCUCAAGGCUACAGCCAGCCCCCGGGGCAAGCUUUCGAUAGUUACCAUGUCAACGCCGGUGCCCAGUGCGAUGGCUACAUGGUUAACGCCACGACUGCCCCCAGCUACGGGACCCAAGCGGGUUAUAGCUACCAGGCACCAAUGGGCAAGGCCUGUUUCGAACAAUCAAAGGCAGGCCAGGGUCAGCAGCCUGGGCCUCAGGCCCUGCAGUACCCCAGUGCAGCCAAGGUGCCCUUGGGGAACCAGCAGUUCGCCCCCUACUGUUCAGCCGACAUUCCCGCCAAAUCGCCCAUGCCCUUCCACCAGAACUUCAGCCCGAGUUCCAACGCCUCACCGGCCACCCCAGUGGCCCAGUCCCCCUCGUGUAGCUCCACCCCUUCCCCUCUGGUGGUGAGCAGCGAGAGCCUGCAGUGUGGGCCGGGCGCCAUGGGCAUGAGGGGCCGGGUGGUACCGCUCAUGCCCCAGCCCAGUCCCACUCCGGCGGGCCUGAUGCCGAGCCCCGGCUCGCAGUCUGCGGCCUACGAGGGGUUUGGGUUGGAAGGCGGGGCUGAGAAACGCCCCUCAGACUUGGGCCAGAGCAGCCUGACGGCCCUGAGCUCCCAGGUGGCCAACAUCCCCAACAGAGUGCAGCACCUGCUCAUCUCCGACACCUUGGCGUUACACCGACGGCAGGGCCGGCGACCCAACAAGAGGCCAGGCCCAGGAGGCCCGGCCGAGCACCAGGGCCUGGAGGAACCACUGAAAUCACCGCAGGCCGAGUCCUUAGAUGGGGCCUGCUCGAGUUCAUCUGAGGACCCCGCGGAGAGAGUUCGUCAGCUCAGCGGCCAGAGCGGCACCUCGGAGCGAGGCUACAAGGCCCACAACCCAGACACCGUGCCCACGGCCACCUGCUCGCCAGCAAGCUCCAUCGGUGACAGCGCCGGCCGGCCCCUUUCCAAGGAAGAAGUCAUUGCCCAGAUGUGUCGGGAUGGUAAAGGCAACGCCGUGCCACCACUGACAGAGCAAGGCCUAGCCCGCAGCGAGAAGCCUGUCGGAGUCAUCGUCGCCCGGGAGACCAUGGCCGGUCGGGGCAAUGCCAUGGCUCUCGGGGGCCAAGGGGAGGAGCAGAACGCCUUCCUCACCGGCGGCGAGAAAGAAUCCGGCCUCCAGCAGCAACUAAGCAACGCCCGCAACAUCAUGGCACCUUCAACUACCCCGAACGGGAACGGGCUGGGGGUCCACCAGGGCCAGGUGGCGCUCAGUGACCCCCUGGCCACAAGGAUGGACACCUCCAAGUCCCCUGGCUACUUGGCGUACGGGCUUCGCGAUGUGCCCAAGGGUGACGGCCAAUACCACUACAUGCAGUACCCAGCAGCCGGUUACGGUCACCCAGGGCCCGAGCAGUUUGGUCUGGGAGACGGGAAGGUGCACCCGGGAAAGCCUGACAAGAGCCACAGUUUGCUGCAGGAGGCUUUGCAGGCCAACUACCACGGGAGGAAGUUCCACUCGGCUUACGCUCCAGAGGAUCAUUACCCAGGCUUCCUGGAGAGCCCACUGCAGCCCGUCAGGCAGAUGAUCGAGUUGACCAGGAAAGGGGGACAUAACAACAGCCUGGCCUCUCCCCCGGGCUGGGGGGAGUCGAGGACUCCCGGCCCAAGCUUCAGCCUGGAGCUGACCAAGGCCGACCACGAGCCUCCGUACGAGCCUGGGGCCUCCGAGAGGAAGUCGGUCAUCUGUGAUGUCUCCCCUUCGAGACCCUUCGGUCACGGGCCUUUAGCCCCGGGCUGCGGGCAAGGGCAGGAGCGGGAGCUGGGCCGCAGCUUGAAGGCGGCUCGGGCCUGCAAGGCCGGCCAGACGGUUAUCCAGGCCGGAGUCUACAUGGGGGCAGAUGGGAAGGCCAAGGGGCUGAUGGAGCAGCAUCAGGGUCAGCUGAGGACCCUGGGGCAGUACGACAGCAGGGAGCCCCACUGGAAAUACGACUCAUUUGAGCUGGCCCGGUCUUCGGCGCUGGUCUCGAUGCCAAUUUCGAUGGGAUCCUCCAGCACCCUACUCCAUCAGGCCCUCAACAGCCGACCCUCAAGGGGCAGGAGACCCUGCGGACGGGCAGGAGGUAGAGCCGGGGUGAGGAGGAGAGCGCCGACUCGGACCGACGACAAAGCUCUGAUGGCCAGGGCGCCCCUGAUCAAACAGGAGGAGGCGCUGGGCUCCCGGCUGCCUGGAUUCCUGGGCCACGCCAGAGAGCACCUGCCCAUCUUGUCUUGCGCUAGUGCCCCGCACCCUCCCUCCUCCUCGCACGCCGAGACGCUCUCCUCCCUGCUGACCAAACAAGAUGGCCCUCGCUCGUCCGGUCCUGAGGGGCUGACCGGCCUGAGGCCUUUACGGCAGGCCCCCAACUCCAACGGGGUGAGCGACUGGGCCGACGGGAAGGCUUUCCCAACAGGGGACAGCUGGAGCAGCGUCCCGAAGGAUCCCCGAGCUCCUCACGCCCCAGAGCAGCAGCCGAGCGGCUAUGCCGCGCUCCAGCCCCGCCUGGGGGAUAGCACGAAGUUGGGGGAGUGGCCAGCGGAGGGGGACAAAUCGUCGCAGCCCCCGCGGAGGCCGAACGAGUCUGCGGCUCAGACCGAGCUGUCGGUUCAGUCGUCCAUCUUGUCCAGGAGGAGGAUUCGGUCUUUCAUAUCACCCAUUCCGGCCAAACGACUUUGCCAAGACCCCCGGACCAGAGAGGCGGACGGUCAGUUGGCCCCUCCUCACGGCGUUGCUGGUGUAAACCCAUUGCACAAGGGCGAGCCAGGGCACGAAGCGGCACUGACCCACAGUGGCAAGGACAGCCCAGGGGCCAGCGUCUCUCCAGCGGUCUCCCUCACCAGUCCCGGCAAACUCAAAACUCUCCCCCCCAGGAAGGGCCGGGGAUUGAAGCUGGAGGCCAUUGUGCAGAAGAUCGCCUCCCCCAACGGGAGGAAGUUCCCCGUGGCUGGGUUACUGGAGGGGGCGUCCGAUGGGGUAACGCUCGAGGAUAUCCUCUCGGUCCGGGAGGGAUGCUGGGAGAGCGAGCACGGGCCCACCGCGCGGCCCGGGGUCAAAGUUCGCGGAGAGGCCGCGGCGGAGCCUGAGGCCCAGCUCGGGGGCCCGGGGGUGGCCGGCUGCCCCCAGGCUUAUGGGGGUCUCUCCCCGGCGACCCGCCUCCCCUACCAGGCUGACCAGGCCUCCCUGGCCUGCUCCCCGCAGCUGGCGUUAGGCCAGGGUCUAGCUGCCAGCCUCCCCAAACCUGACGGCCUGCCCCCCAAAGGGUACUUCCCGUCGGGCAAGAAGAGGGGGCGCCCCUUGGGAAGCAUCAAUAAGACCAAACGGCAGCUGCAGCCAUGCCGGGGGCUGCAGACCCUGGGGGAGGAGGCAGACAAGAGCGCCCCCAAGAAGAGGCGGCCCAGGAGGAAGAAGGCGCCUCUACACUCACGGCCCAGGAGGAGGAGGAAGCCAGAGGCCCCAGCGGCCUUGCCCCAAGAGCCCGAGAUCAAACUGAGGCACGUGGGGGGCCGGGUCACCCGCAGGAGGAGGGGGGACGCCCAGGACCGCAUCUUCUCGCCGUACGUACUCCUGGAACGGAGGCGAGAGGCGGCGCUGCUUUGCACCAUCAUCAACACCCAGGAGGACGAGCGGAACCGGGGCCAGAGAGGGCCCCAGGGCCACCCGGGGCCUGCGUCCGCCCCCACCCCCACCAGCUGCGCCGGCAAAGUCCUGCCCACCUCCUCGCACAUGGUGGCGGGCCCCCUGGUGACGGAGAGCGCUACCCUCGGCCUGCUGCUGUGCUGCUUGUGCGGGAAGUGCGCCAACCACCGCGACCUGGGUGACCUCUUCGGGCCCUACUACCCCUACCUUUACGCCAGCACCUUGCCCAAGAACCCACCCCCCAAGAAGCUGCUGCCCCCGCCCAGCCGGAUCAAGGUCCGGCACAAAAGCAUGCCCGAGCUCCUAAAGACUGGUCAUUCGGAGGACGAGGGCAAGGAGCUGGGCGCGGUCCUGGGGCACACGCGCUUGAAAAGGCGCCACUACUCUGAGGACUGUACGCCGUCGUGGGCCAGUCCCCGCAGCAACAAAGGUCACCGUCGCUGCUACUGUUGUGAGAAAUCGCCGUCGUCAGUGUCCGCACGGACUCCGCGAUUGAAAAGUGAGCUCAGUUCCCAGGUGGAUCUUCAGUUGCCUCAACUACCUCUCGAUCCCAAUGAACUGUGGGUGCACGGCGCCUGUGUGCUCUGGGCCAGUGAGGUGUACCUGGUCUCGGGGAGUCUCUACGGACUACAGGAGGCGGUGGAAAUGGGCCGAGAGACGAAAUGCUCUCACUGCCAGGAGCCUGGAGCGACCCUGGGCUGCUACUGCAAGGGGUGUCCCUUCAACUAUCACUACAUCUGUGCCACGGAAGCAGGUUGUUUUCUGAAUGAGGAGAACUUCUCGAUGAAAUGUCCCAAACACAAGCACAGAGUCACCAAGAGCAGCGUCACAGAGCAGUCGGAGCGAGGCUGAGCACAUACUACACCAUUCCGCUUGGAUAAAGGGCAAACAGAUCCCCUGUCGAUGGAGACGGUGAAUGGGCAACGAUUACACGCGACCGGACCCAGUUCCUGUACAAGCAAAUCCACCAAGCCCCGUCACCCUCACUGUUCACCUCCACCUCACGGAGACCUCAGCAACUGACUCGGAGCAAACGUUACUCCCACUCCCCUCUCCCAGGGUCAGACAUCCCCAAAAUGUAGCCCCCCACCCCCCCCCGAACCCAGAACUGCACAGGGGACCUUAUGCCCAAACCCCUCACCCAAACCCUUCACUCAAACACAGAGAGACCCAUCUCCCCCCCCCCCCCCGACUCAAACCCCAGGGACCCUCACUCAAACACAGAGAACCCGUCUUCUCCCCAGAUUUCGGGGCCUUGAGGGGGGCGAGGAGAGCCCCCCACAACCCCCACCAUGCGCCCAUCCAGCAGCCCGGACACUGGGGAAUGCCGGGGCUCAGGAACUGUCCAUUCUCCCCAAGCCCAUUCAGCCCGGAACGAUUUCCCACUCCCGUAACUGCCCUCUCCCACUGUAAAUGAGUUUGGUUGGAGAGAGUGGAUUUCCUAGAUUAUAUAUUUUAUUUUUAAAUAUAUCGGUGAGUUUUGAUUUUCAAAUACUUUUUUUUUCCUGUUUCUCUGUCCCCUGCUUUCAUUGGCUGACCACAGCCUGAUCUCAACACAAGUGGGACAUUCUGAUGUGAGAGUGUAGCCCGGGUAUGUUCAGUGUUACUUUGGGUGUUUUAUUCGAUAUAUA